CUCCGAAGUCCUUUAAAAAAAGGGCAAAUAAGCCGUCCGUCCAAAAUGUCCUCGUGUACCAUCCUUGCCUUCUUCAGCCGCAAACCCGACCUAACCUCGGACGAAUUCAAAGCCUACUACGAAACCACUCACAUGCCACUCAUCAAAGACAUCGCUGGCAUUCAUUUUCCCAUCACUCACAAGCGGUUCUACACCCCUCGUAUCCUGGUCGGGGACCCCGCGGAUCUCCAGGUCGAUGUCUACGCGGAGCUCACGUUUCGGGACAUUGAGCAUCUCAAUGCCUUCAAAGGCACGUUGAUUGCGGAUGCAGAGCGACUUGCUGAAGAUGAGGAACGGUUUCUCGACAGGAAGAAGAUUCGGGUCGUGAUGGUUGAUGAGCCGGUUGUUUCGAGAGGGGAGGAAUGAUUUUGUUUGCUAUGGGAUAGGGCAAUAUUUAACGUGGAGGGAUGGGAGCGGUUCAAGGAAUAAAGAAAGGAUUGUUACCGUGUCUAGAAGUCUCGAUCGAUCUUUAAUUGUCUAUAGUCUACAACUUUCAGGCAUAGAGUUGAUGUCAUCCCGUCCAACGACUAACAUACUCCGAUUUCUCUCCCGGGUGGUAACAACCACAUCGAGACCAGGGUUCUCGGUGAAGAAGUUAGCAAGCUAAGACCGAC